AUGCUUGCCUCGCCGCACUCCCGCCGGCUGCGGCUGUUUGGGGGAUUCACCGUGCUUGCCAUUAUCGCCACAUAUAUUCACAUCCGACCGAGUUGGCGGCAGACGACCUAUGAGUACGCUGCGGACCUGUCUAGCAGCGUCUCCAACUACUUCGGCCGCGAGCAGGUGUACAACAACACAUUGUACCAGCAAGGGACUGAAGGCACCGUGGUGCAAUACCACAACUUCAGCAACCCCUGCGCCAACUUCCCAGACACAGAUGGCGUCCUCCUUGUUAUGAAGACCGGCGCGACCGAGGCAUUCGACAAAGUACCCACCCACCUGUUGACAUCGCUACAAUGUCUCCCCGAUUUCCUCAUCUUCUCGGACAUGGAGCAACAAAUCGGGAAGUACCACAUCUACGACGUCCUGGCAGGAGUGGAAGAGAAGGCCAAGGCCCACAACGAUGACUUCGAUCUGUACCGAGACCAGAAGGACUGCCCUGUCUCGCAAAAGACCUGUCUGGACGCGCGAGAGGAGGGCCACCGGGCUUGGAACCUAGACAAGUACAAGUUUCUGCCCAUGAUGGAACAGACGUGGCGGAUGCGACCGGGUCGAGACUGGUAUAUCUUUGCCGAGGCCGACACCUACGUCUUUUGGGCGAACGUUGUCUACUGGCUGCGCACCCAGAGCGGCCUCAACCCCAAGGAACGGGUCUACCUGGGCAGUCGCAGCUUCAUAGGAGGGACGCCAUUCGCCCACGGCGGGUCAGGAUACAUCCUGAGUGGCACUCUGUUGCGCCAUCUCAUCGAUCACCACCCUGGAAUCGUGCAGCAGUACAACAUCAAGGGUGCACACGAAUGCUGCGGUGAUCUGAUGCUUGCCCAGGCGCUGGAAGAGUACGAGAAUGUCAAGAUCCGUCAGGCGUGGCCCAUGUUCAACGGCGAGAAACCCAGCACGCUUCCCUACGGUCCGGGACACUGGUGCGAGCCGAUCUUGACGAUGCAUCACAUGAAUGCCGAAGAAAUUAGUAAUGUCUGGCAGUUCGAGCAGACACGCAAGACAGAUCGCACGCUCUUGAUCAAGGACUUGUAUGAGACUCUCAUCGCCCCCAAUAUGCAGGUUAAGCGACAAGACUGGGAUAACCUGUCGGAUGACGUCUGCUACAUCAACCCAGACCCGGCAGCUCAGGCACGAGCGGACGACCACCGAAAGCGAAGACAAAAGAAGGAGAGCGACAUGACAGAUACCGAAAAGGUGGCUUGGAAAUCACCCGAGAACUGCGCCCGCGUGUGUGAGGAGGAGGAUGUGCCAGAUGAGGAGGACCUGAUAUGGGGCGGAUCACGGCAGAAAAUCGUCCCCCGCGAACCGAACUCGGGAGAGCCGUCACCCGCGCUGGCUCUUGACACGGAGAAGGCAGAGGACUCGGACGCAAGCGAUGCAGCCAUGAGAGAGCAAUGGCACCGCGCCAUGAACGAGAAGAAGAAGAGCCGCACGUGCUUCCAAUACACCUGGCACGACCAGCAAUGCUGCACAGCCAAGAGCUUCAAGUUGGGGGCCCCCAAGGCCAAGUCUGGCAACGACAAGUCGCGCUGGGUCAGUGGCUGGGAUCUGAAGGGUAUCAAUGAUUGGAUCGACGCCAUGGGCGAGUGCACCCAGGUCGCUUGGAAGAAGCUGGAAGCGUGA